AUGCCCAAGGAGCGCAUCACGCCGGCAGGAUCCUCGGGUGCGCCGCACCGCCUCCGUGGCUCUCAGCGCCUCGAGGUGCUGCUCGGGUUCGGCUACCUCUACCUCUCGCUCGCUACCGGCGUCUGGUACCUCUACAUGCUUGCACCCAGCAUGCAAAACGAUCUCUGGUGGGCCAACUACAACACGACCGGCCACGAGUCGUUCCUCGCCGACAUUGCCAAUAUCGCACUCACCACGUCAGCGCGCGGCGCCCUCGAUGUCUUUGGCCCGGCCGCGACAACGAGCAAGCGCUACGACGCGUCCGUCGCCUACACCAGCGUCUACCCGACGUACGCCAACCAGCUCAUCCUCUCCGAGUGCGUCUCGGUGCCGUACGCAGUCGGCAACCUCCGCAAUCUCUCGGCCGCAUGGAGCACGCGCAUGAUGACGCAGUACUGCUGGGUUGACUUUGAUCGUGCAUAUGAGCUCGCGCACACGGAUGGUCGCCAGCGUCGGUGCCAGCAGCAGUACGCGUCCAACGGCGCCGUGUACCUCGAGAGUGUCUUGCGUAACCUCGUGUGGGACGAUUUUAUCGCCAUGUGGGGCGGCCCCGGCAACAAGUUUACGAUCACGAUCCAGAACGGUUUGGUGGGCUUGCCCGGCGGCCAAGCGUGGCUCGACGCCACCGCCAGCGCGCGAAGGACCACGUCGAUUGCGGACGAGAUUGAGCGCUGGGAGAGGUUUCACCUGUCGUACUUUCAGCUGCAAUGGGGCAACAAGCGCGGCCCUGGCGUCACCGAGACCAUGCUGCUCCAGAACGCGAUCGGCAUGCAGCAGCAGUUUCAGCUCAAGAACACGCCGCUUCUCAACGGACCGUGGACGUCCAUGAUCAUGUACUGGCGUUUCCUCAACGACAUUUUCGUGUUUCAAAAACCACCCCGAAGUUUGGUGCGGCAAGCGCCCGACUUUUUUGGCCUCAACUCGACCCUCCAUGGCGCGGCCAUCGAUCUCGAGGCGUACCAGGGUCUCUGUCCUGGUCCUGGACGUUGUGCCAACCAAGUCGGCGUCUUUCACUCGACAGUCGGACCCUUUAUCAGUGUCGACAUUUUCUACGUGGCGCCACCACCAACCAUUGCGCUGGCCAUGGCGGCUUUCCAGCGCGACCUCGCGUUGGCCUCGAUGUCGGUGCAGACGGAAAGCCUUUCCGUCGUGUCGACGCGUCCCGUACCGCCGGCAUGGACACCUGGCUACGCUUACUAUGGCGGGAACCCCAUGUGCACCAACAACGCCGUCCGGUCGUUCGUGCAGCAGUCGUUCGACUACAGCGAUGCCUGCGGAACGCCCAAGCCGCUGCUUGUCACACACGCACCUGACGCGCUGCUCUUCAGUCUUGUCGCGUCACCCAAUAUCCCGUCGGCAGCGAUUUGCGCCUCGCAGAAUGUGACGCAAGCCGCUUGUGUCGCCUCAAUUGACGCAGCACGGGCCGUCGCGAAGCAACUGCCGCCAGUCUCAGGAACCACAGCGACAGCCAUGGCCGCGAUUGCGCCCAGCGUCGCGCCGCUUGGCGUGAGCUUGAUGCAGUACGCCAAGCAAGUGAGCACAGGCAACUGGGUGCUCUUGCAGCACGCUCUGCUCUCGGACCCGACCUGGAGCGUGUUUGGAUACCUCUUUCUUCUCGACUGGGCGACGGGCAAGCGUGAAGUGCUUUCGUUUCAAGGCGACGUCACCUCGCUCGUCCUUAUCUCCAACGAGUACGCGCCGACGACGUUGGCGACCCCCUCGAACGAGCUCAAGCAAGCGACCAAGGUCUUCUACUACCUCUGUGUGUACACAAGCGUGCUCUUACUGCUCGUGGCGUCUCUCUGCACGUUUUACGGGGCGCUCAGCGGCUUUCACCUCGCGGGUCGCAACUUGUUCCGCUUCAACCGUGUCGUGGGCUCGGUCUGGAUCGGCCGCCCGCUGCUCAUCGUGCGCGGCGGCACCGCGAUGCUGCUCCUCAGCACGGCCCAAGUGUCGUUGGUGGCAACGGGCCACGGCACGCGGUUCGCCUCGACGCCGCGCACACUCGUCGAGACGAUCGUUGUCGCGGGCGAGGCGACGUGGAUCACGUACGUCCUCAACGACAUUUUAUUACUGGUGGUUCCCCAGCUGUCGGCCUACUACGCGCCAAUCAGUAGCUGCGCGCUCUGGCUGGUGUACAUAGUACUGGACACGUCGUCGCCCGUCGAGCUCUCGGCGACGCUGCAUCGGGCGUGCAGCAGCACAGACGUCGACUACUAUAUUUCGUGCACCAGCGGCCUCGUUGAAGUGGGCAGCACGGCUCGCAUCACACUCUUACUGUGGCUGCAGCUGCUUGUGAUUGGUCUUGCCCUCUGCGCUACGGCGGUCGUUUUACACCUCCGCGGGUCGCUCGCCAGCAAAGACGACAUGGCGUCGGACACGCCGUUUCUCAUCUCGUCGGCGACCAACGCCUUCUUGACUACCAUGGGCGAGACGAACGUCUGGGCGAUCGACCGCGUCGCAUGCAUCAUGGCCGGCCUCGUGCCCUUCACGCUCCGCCGAAAGCACUUUACGUUCGACCUCAAGUCGUGGCUCAUCGUCAAGGACACUGUGUCCGUGUACCAGUCGGGCAAGACGACGAUGGUGGAGACGCCGCCGCUUGGGCACAGCAUCUCGUCCGGGUCGCUCUUGCUGCUCUCGGGUUCCUCGCCCCUCGAGCGCCACAGCUGGGAUCGGCCACUGGCGCUCGCAGGACUUGUCUACAUGACGGCAACCAUCGUCGGAUCGCUCUCGUACAUCAACGUCUCCGACGUCAAUUUGGCCAAUGACAUUUGGUGGGCCAACUUUAACAGCACGGGCGCCCACGCUUUUAUCGCCAACUGGUACAACGAACAGCUCUAUCUCAACGCGAGCUACACGUCGUUUGCGCUCGAUGCACCUAACAUCUCGCACACGUCCUUGUAUGGCGCGCCCGAUAUCUUCGUCACAACCGCCGCCAACUUUGGUUCGAACCUCCAACAUACGCAGCUGAAUAGUCUACCGGCCGUCAUUGCUGGUCUGCGGACCAUGGACGCUUGCAUCCAUGCGCCAUGGAUAUUUACGCAAUACUGCUUUCUCGACUUUCAACAGACGUGGCCCAUGGCCAACUCGGCGCGGCGCCAACAAAGGUGUGCCAAGAUGACGACCAACGGCGCCGUGUACCUCGAGAGCCUCCUUCGCAACGUCGCUUGGGCCGACUGGCAGCCGUGCUGGGGCGCCGCGUUCCAAAUUGCUUUCGGCAACGACCUCCAAACCUCUUUGGACGGCCAGCGCUGGCUCGCACAGAUGCAAGCGUCCAAUCCUUUGUCCGUUGUGGACGAAGCCACCCACUGGCGCGCGUUUGGUAUCGCGACGUACGAUGUUCAGUGGCAAAACUACAAAAAAAUCGGUCUCCUCAGCUCGUACAACGUCUGGUCAGCGUACAACACGAAGGCGGCGUUGACGCUGCAGGCGCUCAACGGCUCGUACCAGUUCAGCGCGCAGACGACAUUCAAGGCGUACUGGGCCCUCGCCAGCGACUUGGCGGCCGUGACGUCCAACAGCAGCGGUAUCGGCAGUCUCUCGCUGCUGCGGUCCAGUGCCCGCUUCGCCUUUGCCAACACGUCGCUCGAGUCGGUGCUCAUCGCCAACACGACGCUCUCGGCGCCGUUUGGCGCUGGUUUUAGCUUUGUCCAAAGCAUCCUCGGACCCUUUGGCUCGAUGGACAUGCGCUACGUCCGUGCACCGGCGUCGGCCCAGCAGCUCCUUCUGCACGUUCUCGGCGCCCUGCGGAGCAGCGCCUUGCGCUCCAACCAGAGUCAGUCGGCGUAUCUAAGUAUCUUUGUGCCCGACUCGAUGUACCCCGUGCCGCAGCCGUGGCUCAGCGCCAAGCUCCUCUCGUACGGCGGGUCGCCGCUCUGUCCCGACCUCGGUGCCUCGAGCGGACUUGCGGUGACGACGGGCUUGGUCAGUCUGCUUUCGUACAGUGCGCGCUGCUCGAGUGCGACGGGUGCGCAAGCAAAGAUGACGCCGUCGCGAGAGCAGGUGGUCUUUUCUCUCGUGCUCUCUGGCAUCACUGCUGCCAGUCCCAUCACGGCCAUCUGCGCGGCGGAUACGAGCGGGUACAAGGCCUGUCCCGACUACCUACGUGGCGCCAGAUCGUACCUCGACACGUAUCUGCCUGCCGUCGACUGGGCACCCGAGGUGGCCGCCACCAUCGCGGAGACGACGGCGCUCAACAUCUCGCUGCUGCAGCUGACGCGCACCAACAAGACGUCGCCGCUUACGUGGUCGCAACUCCCGCUCUUCAACCCGAGCGACACCCACUUUGCAUUCUUUGCGUGGUGCUACAUGGCCGAGUGGCUCCAAGGGUUUCGCGAAGUCGUGGCAUUUGAGAAUGACGUUGGCAGCGUCACGCUUCUGACCGACCAAUUGCUGCCGCUCCAACAAGGCGUGGCGCCGUGGGAGAUCCCGACGACGAUGGCCACGUACGCUCGGACCGGCGCCAUGUACGUGACGCUCGUCGUGCUUUCGAUCGCGGUCUUGGCGUGCGUCUACAUCAUCGCAUCGAGAGGGUAUGCCGAGGGCAUGAACAUGCUCGAGCUCAGUCGCGUCGGUGGCAUCGUCUGGGUCGGUCGCCCGCUGCUCUUUCUGCGAUCGCUUACCGCCAUGGCCGUGCUCUGCACCGGGUCGCUGGACCUCCAAGUGACUGGCAGUAUGAGCUACCUUCACUCGACCGACGUGCCGUGGUACAAGACGUGUCUUGCGGCGAGCGAAGUCUCUUGGCUCGUCGCGAUAGUCAACGACGUCUUGAUGAUCUGGACCAAAGAACACACUGCGCUCUACGUGACGCCCAACGGGCUUCUCGUGACAGGCGCGACGGCGCUGCUGAGUAUGUUGUCGCCCGUGACGCACACGGCGACGCUUGGCCACACGUGUGCGAUUGCCCACGUCGACUUUCAGAUGGUGUGCACUGGCGGCGAGGUCGUCAUUGGUGUCUGGGAGCGCGUCGCGCUGCUUGUGCUGCUGGUCGGCGUUCUGAACGUCGUGACGUUUGGGCUCGUGCGCUGGCUCGUGCGCAAGCCGCCAACGAACCGCGCCGAGUCGCUCUUGCUCUACGCGGGCGCCAAGUACCUCUUUCUGAGCACCAAGUGGAUUUACAAAGACGUCUACUACCUCGACCGCGCGUCUGCUGCGCUCAACGGGCUCGUGUCUGUGCGCUACAACGGGAUCUAUUACGGCCUCGACAUCAAAACGUGGCGAACGUUUACGCUCACACGACCCAACGUGGCAGAGAUACCGUCGACACACGCGUUGUUUACGCCGGCGAUGUACGCACUGCCGUUGGACAACUUGUCUGCGAUUGACCAAGCGAUCAAGAAGAGCCAACUGGUGCAUGUAAAAUCCAAGGCAACCUCGGGCACAAGUCGAGGCGCCACAUAAGAGCCAACGCGUGCCUCAUUCGGUGGCUGUGAUCCAGGAUAUGAUGGCGCACAGUUGAGGAGGAACGAUGUGCAUUAGAGCAUUGUCUAUGCUUACGUAUUGGUGGUCAUAUUAUUACGU